AUGGAGCUCCGAGCCCUCGUUCUGGUCUUCGUGGCCAUGUUCAUCGGAAAUGCAACCGCGCAAUUUGGUUUCUUCGACCAGAUGUUCGGCGGCCAGCAGCAGCAGCAACAGCAGCAGCAGCAGAAUGUUCGCAGCGACUCGAGCUGGUACCAGGCGCAGUAUGAGAACGCACACUGCGACAAGUACCUCUGCCCCGGCACGCUCUCCUGCGUACACUUCCCGCACCAUUGUCCAUGCGCGUGGCCCAGCACCGAGGAUAAAGUCGAGUUGGGAGAGGGUAUUGCGAUGUGUGCGAGUAAGGGCGGGUACAAGGAGGGGGAGACGCUGAAGAAGAUUGAGCUGGCAAGGAAGGGGCUGCUUUGA